UAACCAGUGAGUCUUGGGUGGAAGACUUGUGCAUUUUAUUUGUUUUGUGGACACCUUCAUAUAACCAGACUGACAGUGAGUCCGUUGCAGCCACACCACAGACUGAUUCUGUAUCUGAGAGAGCAGCUUGUUUGACUGGAGCCGGUGCAGUGUGUAAAUAUAACAUUUAUAUGUGCAAUACAUUUUUUAAUUAUAAACACGUGUUUGAUCAAUUAACAUUAUUGUAUUCGUUGUAUAUUAGAAUUUUAGUCUGGACUGGUUAUAUUUGAAUUGCAGAUUUUGUAAUGUAAAGGUUUGAAAUUGGCCGGGCGCUCGUCUGGGAGUUUCACAGUAAAUCCAGACACCUCGCUAUCGCCGGUGGAGUGCCUCAUUAAUAUGAAUUAGAUGGGUCGGGAGAAAAAUAAUUAACGCCAAUGCAAAACUGUGGAUCAUCUAAAUUAUGCAUAAACAAAUCAAUAGAAGUGCUUGAUUUGCGGAUGCAUACAGGCAACAUGCUCCGCCACCACCACCACCACUCCUCUGGCGAAAUGUAUCACAUCAUUAUUCAUGAGCCGAAGGGGUGGGGCUACCUUCCAGUGCGAGACGUAGGAAUAAACAUGGCGACGCUGAGCUCCUCAAAGUCCUCCAGCGGGCUGAGGGCCGGGAGAAAGCAGCAAAAACAUAGUUCUCGGUGCGUUGAGUCCGGGACGGGGGCGAUGACAGCAACCCGGCUUCUUACGCUGGAGGAGGCCGUGUGUCCGGUGUGUCUUGAAAUUUUUCUAGAGCCUGUAACUAUGCCUUGCAGACACUCUGUGUGUCUACCUUGUUUUAAACGGACCGGGGAGUUGUCCAGCCUCUGCUGCCCGCUUUGUCGACUCCGGGUGUCCAGCUGGGCCCGGCGACACACUCGGGACUGUACCCUGGUAAACACCGAGCUCUGGGAGUUGGUUCGGCGGAGCCACCCUGAUAGGUGCAAGCGAAGAAUGGAGUCAAAGGAUGCCCAGGCCGUAGAAGACGAAAUAAUAUUCCUUGCUCCUCCUGUUCAUCUUUGUAAAGCUGGAGAUCUGCGGCAAAAAUAUGAAAAACAAAUGAAAAAGUUAGUGGAUGACAAAGAGGGAGACAGAGCUUCGGAGGAGCUGAUUCAGAAAAUCUUGGAGGAUGACAGGAGGCACCUGGAGAAAAAACGCCAACAGCAAAGAAAAGGGGAAGCUGGGGCUGUGCAGCCCUCUCAGGAACCUGUGAAUCCGGUGUUAUCAGACUCGGAGAAUGAAGAGCCGGUGGGAGGCAGGACCAGGCACCGUUCUGCAUUUGUUAAGAGGACCAGAAAAUCACCAGAUUCCUGCAGAAGUGGGUUACAUUGCAACGGAGUGCAGAGGAGCCAAAGCUGCACUGACACACAAGAGGAAAGCAAAGCAAAGAUCCGAUGCUCUUCACAUGCUGCUCUUGUGGCCAAGGGUGUUGGAGCAUAUAGCUCCAACUCUGGCAUCCUUCUGUCAUCAGAAAACAGUCGUUCAUUUUCUGCACCAAACUUGACUUCUGAUAAAAGGCAGACCUGGCGCUCGCUAUUAGGCACUCCUGCUGCUUCCACAGCACCCCUGUCCAAACCAGAGAGGUCCAUCAGCCCUGAGAGCAAUGACAGCAUCUCUGAGGAGCUGAACCACUUCAAACCCAUUGUUUGCUCACCAUGCACUCCUCCCAAAAGGCUACCAGAUGGGAGAGUGCUGGAGCCCACCAUAGUCAAAUCCACUCCCCUCAAUCUGAGCCGUAGCCUCCAGAAACCUACUACCUACGAGGCCAGCCCUACAAUCCUGCAGAAGUGGAAGCAGGUUGAGCAGGACAGACACAAAAAUAAGGCCGCCUCCAAAGGAACCAUUACCGUUUCUCUUAAUGAAGAUUUUGCCCCGAAGGUGAGACAGGAAGGAUUGCAUACACGUCCACCCAGUAAUGAGAACCAGAGGCGAGCGGGUUGCCCGUCUUCGGAAGAGACGUUACCGAAAGCCAGCUUCCCUGCUGCCAUGUCGCAGGCAGGUGGGUUGUCCGCUGAAAAGGGUAUGGCCUUGAUUGGCAAGAAAAGAAGGUUGAUUUUUGAUCAGCCCGAAAAGGAAGACUGCAGAGUUCUGACCAGAUCAGAGACAGAACAUGUACCUUUGACUGUUAAUCCGCAGCAAGUGACCUGUGAGACUGUUGCAUGUAAAAACAAGCCAGCAGGACAAGCUGGGUGUCAGAAACCAGAAGACACAUGUAGACCUACCUCUCAAAGAGGUAUGAAAAGGAGUCAAAAGACAAAGCACUUAGAGGAGGGCGGUAAAGCAAAGAGGCUGAGGCCCUCCAGCCAGGUGGAAAUGGGCUCCGAGUGCGAUUCAAACAGCUGUGACGGACAUUGGUCACAGCACGAGGAGGACUGUAAGCUAGCUUUAAAACUGCAGAGACAGUUUGAUUUAGAGCGGCGAAAUGUUGACAGGCGGAAGGGCACCCCUGACAACUAUCUCAUACGUUCAUGGAACAAUUCAGAUGUGAAACAGAUUCCACGUCGCUCUGGGAGAACAGGGAAAAGAAAGUAGCACUUUAAGAAUGGUAAAAGGGUUAGUUGCGCGCUUUUUUUUUUUUUUUGGUACAUUCAGCAGACUCUAACUCCAUACAAAAAAAAAUUUUGAACAAUUGCAAUAUCUUGUUUUCCCAUUCACUGCAACUUAGGUUGGUAUUUAUGAGGAAGAGUCCAUGCAGUGUGUUAAGAGUAAACAUACCCUGAAGUCUCUUGCCUGUAAAACAGUUAUUGGUUUGUGAAAAAUGAUGUUAUCUGGAGGAAUCCCAGGCACAACAACUAAUUGAAUUAUUUUCUCUAUUCUA